AUGUCACAUAUACGGCAAGGACAUAGAGAGGAAGAACAUGACACUGGUAGUUAUCUAGAUCCCACAUUUGGUCAGUAUCCUGCAUUUCCAUCUAAUGGAGUAGGUAUUGAUUCGGAAACCAGCGAAGAGGUAUCUAAUUAUUUGAAAUCAGUAAGAGAGGAAGCUGAGAAUGAUGACUUAGUUCAUUUUGCUCCACGAACAAAUGGUACAUCAGGCUUGAAAAGGAAGCAUGAGUCAGAGUUGGAUGAAAAGCCUGUUGGAGUUGAUUCUAAUUGGUCAAAAGAUUUAUUAUCAAAGUUUGUCACGAUCAAGCAAGAUAUCAAUCGUCAUCAUGGUAUAAUAGCAAACAGUGUAAUUACCACAUCACUAUUACCUGAUACUGCAGCUCAAUGUCGGAAGCUCGUAUUUGAAAAUGAUCCUCCUCAAAUAGAACGUUUCUUUAAUAGCAUAGAUAGAGGUAAUAUCUUUAAGCUAUUAAUAUAUUUCACAAAAUGGUUAAGUAAAAGUACUAAUGAACAUUUAUCAAAAUGGAUUUGGAUGACGUUCUUAAGAAUUGAUAACGAACUUGAAGCUAGUGAAUGUUCGAUAAUACGAGAUUUGGCUAAAAAAGCCUUGAAAUUAGCCAGUAAGGUUCCCAUGGAAGAAUUGGAUGAUAAUACAAGUUACACACUUGAUAUGAUCAUAACGUUAGUGGGUCAUUAUUACGGUCAAAAGGAUUUAAUUUAUUAG